CGGGACUUCCGGCCGGCAGCGGCCGCCAUAUUGCGAGAGAUCUGAGGCCGGCGCCGGUGACAGGCGGAGCGGGGCUGGGCCCGGCGGGCAGACUAAUUACUGAUUGGACUUCAUGAGCAUAAAUCCCCAAGACUGCUGAACUCCCCAACCCUGAUCCUUCCAGCAUGGACCAGGAUUAUGAGAGACGUCUCCUGCGCCAAAUCAACAUACAGAAUGAGAACACAAUGCCUUGUGUAGCAGAGAUGAGAAGAACCCUCACCCCUUCCAAUUCUCCAAUGUCAUCUCCUAGUAAACAUGGAGACAGAUUCAUUCCCUCGAGAGCUGGGGCCAACUGGAGCAUCAACUUCCACAGAAUAAAUGAAAAUGAAAAGUCACCAAGUCAGAACAGAAAAGCAAAGGAUGCUACGUCAGACAAUGGCAAAGAUGGCCUUGCUUACUCUGCCCUGCUGAAGAACGAGCUCCUGGGAGCAGGGAUUGAGAAAGUGCAGGACCCACAGACAGAGGACAGGAGGUUGCAGCCUUCCACUCCAGAGAAGUCGUCUCUCUUCACUUAUUCCCUCAGCACAAAACGUUCCAGUCCAGAUGAUGGCAAUGAGGUCUCGCCCUAUUCCUUGUCUCCUGUCAGCAACAAAAGUCAGAAGCUGCUAAGGUCACCCCGAAAACCAACUCGGAAGAUCUCCAAGAUUCCUUUCAAAGUGCUGGAUGCCCCAGAACUGCAGGAUGACUUCUACCUGAACCUGGUGGACUGGUCCUCUCUGAACGUGCUCAGUGUUGGCCUUGGGACGUGUGUUUACCUAUGGAGUGCUUGCACCAGCCAGGUGACCCGGCUGUGUGAUCUCUCUGUGGAAGGAGACUCUGUGACAUCUGUGGGCUGGUCAGAGCGGGGGACCCUGGUAGCUGUUGGCACUCACAAGGGCUUUGUACAGAUCUGGGAUGCAGCUGCAGGAAAAAAGCUCUCCAUGCUGGAGGGACACACAGCCAGAGUUGGUGCCUUGGCAUGGAAUGCAGACCAGCUGUCUUCUGGGAGCAGAGACCGAAUGAUCCUCCAGAGGGACAUCCGUACCCCCCCACUGCAGUCAGAGCGGCGGCUCCAGGGCCACAGGCAGGAGGUCUGUGGGCUCAAGUGGUCGACAGACCACCAGCUCCUGGCAUCUGGGGGGAAUGACAACAAGCUCCUCGUCUGGAACCACUCCAGCCUGAGCCCUGUGCAGCAGUACACAGAGCACCUGGCUGCAGUCAAAGCCAUCGCCUGGUCUCCACACCAGCAUGGCCUGCUCGCCUCCGGUGGCGGCACCGCUGACCGCUGCAUCCGCUUCUGGAACACCCUGACAGGGCAGCCCCUGCAGUGCAUCGACACCGGCUCCCAGGUGUGCAACCUGGCCUGGUCGAAGCACGCCAACGAGCUGGUGAGCACCCACGGGUACUCGCAGAACCAGAUCCUCGUCUGGAAAUACCCCUCACUCACUCAAGUAGCGAAGCUCACGGGGCACUCAUACAGAGUUCUGUACCUGGCAAUGUCCCCUGAUGGGGAGGCCAUCGUGACAGGAGCUGGAGAUGAAACUUUGCGGUUCUGGAAUGUUUUCAGUAAAACUCGCUCCACAAAGGAGUCCGUAUCCGUUCUGAACCUCUUCACCAGGAUACGGUAAACCCCCCAGUACUGCAGCCCAGGAGAGUCCGGCCUGUCGUAGCAGGAUGGAACCAUUGCUUUGGUGUGCAUGGGACCCCAGAGAGCAGCCGGGAGGGGAGGGAGCGCCGCUGGGCCUGGAGGACGGACCCACUGGCACUGAUUAAACAGUGCUUGAGAACGGCGCCGGGGCAGUAUUUCACUGGGGCUGUGGGGGGGUGGGGGGAGGGAACUGCCAAAGGUUUAUGGAUUCAUCCUGUGUUGAAGGGGUACGGGUAGAUGAGGUCAAACCAGCGCCCUCCAACCCUUGUUUUUCUUUUGUACUGGAGAAAACUUGUUUACAUGGACCACUGAGACCGGACCAAGGCCAUCCCAACUGCUGUGUUGUCUGCUCUUAGGAGAGAUGAGAGUAUCCUUGCCCCUGUGGGGCAAUGCCCUGGCUGAGCGUUGGCCUCUCUGCUAUUUAAAGGCACUGUUUAGAGCCUGGGACCCCCAUUGCACCGGAGAACCACUUACUCCUUCCAAAUGCAGCAGGUACCACAGUGCUGGCUCCCACCGGGCUGCCGGGUUGUGGCCUGUUUAUCAGCCACCUCCAAACGUAACAUCUAUGGGCUCUGAAGAGGCUCCACCUCAGAGGGAACAGCUCCAAGCAGCUUCAAAUUGCUGCGGGGUGUUUGGGGCCAAUCCUUUAUUUAACAGAGAGGGGAAAGGGGGGAAAAACAAAAACCCCAAACCACAAGAAUGGCUUUAAAAAGCAGAGUGAAGCAGUGUGAAUGCAGAGCUCCUGCGGCGCUGUGUGCUGGGCUGGUGGCUGCGGAGCCUUCCUAAGGACAAAAGCAGUUGUGAUGUGCUUGAGAAACAAAACCGCUCCCGUGGGAUCUGGUUUAUUUCAGAGGCAGCCUGGCCUCGUCUGGCUGGAAGGAAGGGGGGAGCGGCGCCGGGUGAGGGGUUCCCUUCCUGAAGCCAGGCAGAAUUUGUUGCCCUUUGUGUUUCCCUUUUAGUUUUUUAAGCUCCGCGUUGAUGCCAGGGGACCUGUUGGUUUUCUUUUGUUGUUGAAGCCGUAUGGGAGGAGAAGUGCCUGCUGGUGUGCCUGGAUGUGCUGCAAAGCACUCACGUGUGUGUGCUGCUUUUAAUUUAAGGAGAAGUUGUUCUGCUUGCAGCAGCCUGUUGUGUCUUACCGUGUCCAUGUGCCAAUGCUGUGCCCUCCCCCGCACCGCGCUGUGCCGUCCCCUCUGCUCCUUGGGAUGUUCCUGGCCCUGUAUAUGGACUGUGCCCCAUAGGGUGUCAGGCAGCUCCUUUCCCAUAGGCAGGUUAUAGGGCGGCGGUGCCUCCAGCCCUGCACACACAGUGUGAGCUCAGUCACACCUGGCAGCCCCCACCGCCCUGCAGUAUCACUGGGCUGUGAUUCAAACACCGACGUUGGCACAAGCACUUUGCUCUUGCAGCAGCAGCACGGGGUGCAGUUUGGGGUUGGCCUGAGGGGCCUCCUGAUUGAUCUUCCUUUAUUUUUGGCACUGUUAAACGUGGUGGUGGAGCACUGAGUGGAUCCAUGGGCACAAUCCCACCCGGAGCAUGUUGGGGGCUGUGGGUGGAUGUUGAUGUUGGGCUGUGGGCUCAGCUGCUGUGUGGGACUGAGGGUAUCAGUGUGUGAGCGGGGCUGUGUGCCCUCCUGCUGCCCUCCUUAACCAGGGAAAGGAGCAAAGCCUUCAGCAGCUGCGUUGUCUGUGAGCGGGGGGGGCAGCCCGGGGUCUGUGUGCCAGUGUGUGACCGUGUGGCAUCGUUCCGUGUACAGCAUCGUGUGGUGGGGAGCGGGGGAAGGAGAAAAAAAAAGUAUUGAGUUGUAAGUUUUCCAUGUAAAGCGUUCAAACUGGCAUUAAACAAGUUGUGGAUUUACAUCA